AGCGAAAGCCAGAAAGAGAGAGAGAGAAAAUGUCGUGGCAAACGUACGUGGACGAUCACCUGAUGUGCGACAUCGACGGCCACCACCUCGCCGCCGCGGCCAUCGUCGGCCACGACGGGAGCGUGUGGGCGCAGAGCUCCGCAUUCCCUCAGUUUAAGCCACAGGAGAUUGCUGCCAUCAUGAAAGAUUUUGAUGAGCCCGGCUCGCUUGCUCCGACGGGGCUACACCUUGCCAGCGCAAAAUACAUGGUUAUCCAGGGAGAGGACGGAGCUGUUAUUCGUGGAAAGAAGGGUGCCGGUGGCGUUACCGUGAAGAAGACCACCCAAGCUCUGAUCUUUGGCAUCUAUGAGGAACCUUUGACACCAGGACAGUGCAACAUGGUUGUUGAGAGGAUGGGAGAUUACCUGAUCGAUCAGGGCCUGUAAAUCUCUGCGCCAAAGCUUAUACUUCUUUACAGAUUUUGACUCCACUUUGAGGCUUGCUGUCUUCUUCCUUGCUCCAGCUGAGACAGGGGGAGUAGAGUCAAUUGGAAUAACCAUGUCAGGACUAGAACAGCCUUUCAUGUUCAAGUCGUCCUUGCUUUUUCAUUAUCUAUAUAUAUAUAUGUCUAGUUGCUCAAUUCUUGUAAUCAUGGCCCCAAGUUUGGUUUUCUAAAUGAUUCUGAGAAUCCAUAUUAUGAUGUGAUAUGAACAGAAAGUUUGUCCAUUGUUUUCUGAAA